UGAAAAGCUUCUUUCAAGCGAGGGAGUUUCUUUAGCAUGACUUUUCUUAAUAUAGGGUCGUCAUAAGCAUCAUACCACUUGUGUUUUUCUGCCAAAAGUUCCAAUCGUUCCAGGAUUUCGAUUUCAUUUGAAUCUUCUUUUGGUUCUGCUUUGUGCGUGCAUGGUCCCCACAGUUUCUAGCCAGAAAUCACUAAAGAUGUGUAUGAUUAUUGAUCAGACAUUUUGCAGAUUAUCUAAUUUAGAGAUGGAACCAAGCCACCAUCUGUUUUCUGGGGUUGAGCCAAUAAGAAGAGACAUGAUGGUCUUAAAUUUUAGGGUAAAUUAUAAUUUAACUCCCUAUGGUUUGCCUCAAAAACACGGAGCCCUUUUAUAGUUUCAUUUGUAACAUUUAAAUUCCCCGUACUUCAUACCAGAGUGUAAAAUCUAACGGAACUGUUUGUUUAAACAGCGCGUGUUGCACGACCAGAAUUGAUGAGUGGAGCACGUUUUUCCGCCCAAAAGCGUAUGGCAAAUGACGAAAACACCCUUAUUGCCAUAUAUAUACACAAAUCAAGACCCAAAUAAGAUAGAAUCCUAAAUUGAAAUGUUUCCAGAUUGUUCGAAAGUUGCCCAGAUUUUCCGAAAGUUGAAGAUUAUUGUUGGAUGGCUUCUUCAUUUGCUUCCGAAAGUGGACAGUCAAGGACAAAUGCUCUAAGACUAUGUUAUUGUGGAGAGAGAUCUCCUGUGAAGUCUUCAAUGACAUCUGGAAAUAUGGGUAGAAGGUUUUAUGAUUGUGCAAGAUAUGGGGUUGAUGUAACUUGUGGCUACUUUGAAUGGGUUGAUCCACCCAUGUGCCAACGUGGAAGGGAGGUGUUGCCAAGGAUGGUUGCAAAGAUGAACAGAUUGGAGAAGGAACUAGCAAGAAGUCGUAGAAGAAAGAAAAUGUUUUGCAAAGCUCUGUUUGGGACAUAGGUUUUUUUCUUUAUCAUGACAAUGUUCUGGGUGAAGUUUGCUGGAGUAAAGAAAAAUUGGUUGUUAUUGGGCCAUAGAGUUUGAGAGAUGAAAAAUAUAGUCAAGGUAGAAAAUGAAGGUGUACAAUGGUCUGUGAAGCAAUUGUAAUGAAAAGUGAAGGUGUAAAAUGAAAGAAUGUUUUGGUCAAGAAAUGUAUGCAUCUGAUGAACCAAAAAAAUUGUAAUGAAAUAAUGUUUUGUUCA